GGCAAUGUGCACGACAUUGUGAGAGGGCGACAUUUAUCACUGUUACGUUCGUCUCAAAAUCGUUUUUCGAGACCGCGAAAAAAGAACUUGGGAAAAUGCUUCCGUUAUCGCUCCUGAGGACCGCACAGAAUCAUCCCAUGCUAGUUGAGUUAAAGAAUGGAGAAACCUACAAUGGCCAUCUUGUAGCCUGUGACAAUUGGAUGAACAUUAACCUGAGGGAAGUUAUAUGUACAUCAAGGGAUGGUGAUAGAUUUUGGAGAAUGCCAGAAUGCUACAUACGUGGUAGCACAAUAAAGUACCUCAGAAUUCCAGAUGAAGUUAUUGACAUGGUCAAAGAAGAGGUCGUUUCAAAAGGCAGGGGUCGAGGAGGUGGAGGUCGAGGACGAGGAAGGGGUGGACCAGGAAGGGGAGCAUUUGGUGGACGUGGCGGUGGUAGAGGCGGACGUGGUGGAGGACGAGGCGGUGGCCCUAACAGAGGUGGGGGACCAAGAAGAUGAGGUCCUAAGUGGGUUCUGCAAAGACGGUGGUAGAAGAUACAUUAUGUACAUCAUUUUAUAAAUAACUGAGAAUUUAAGGAUGUGCCAUGUGCUUCACAAGCUCUCACAGAGGAUGCAAGAAGAGGUUGCUGCAUCAUUGGUCGUUUGCCAUCACAUUAGCACAACCUCUCUAAUUUCCAUAGCAUCUUGGUACCAUUUUACUUUGUAAAUUAUAUAUUAUUACUUUUUCAUAAAGAAAUCGUUCGAAAGUGGUUGUCUGUUUUGAUACAGUACAAAAAAAAAACUUUACGUCUCAAAGAAAGUUUUAAAAUCAAUUUUUUAAAAUAAUGAUUUCCUGUUACAUGCAAAAUUUUGUAAAUUAUUUGAAGAACGAGUUCCAUAGAAAUAAUGCUAUACCAUUAUAAUGUAAUAUUUUCUAUUAAAAAAUAUUGAUCUUGUCUGGUA